AAAAAAAAUCAUGUCCGUUGAAUUGAUGACUUACUUCAUACUCUAUACUCUGUGACUUAGCAAUGAAAUAAAUUCAAGUGUACAUUGGAUGAAAAAUCUCGUAAAGAAAUAACAGUUCAUUAAUAAAUUUUUAUAUUUAUAUAAUUAAAAGUUAAUUAGCAUAAAAAUGUUGGUGACUGUUCCUGUAGUACGUCAACAAUUGGCUAAUUUGGCCAGUUCCGGUGGAUCUCAUAAAGAUCAAGCGGAAAAAUACCGGUCAAUAUUAGACGGAAUUAUAUCGUCAUCAUCGAAUGAUGAUCUUGUUGACAAUUUAAAAAUUUUUAUCGAAGCCAUUGUUAAUGAAAAUGUGAGUUUAGUUAUAUCGCGACAAGUUCUGACUGACGUCAGUACUAGGUUGUCGCAUUUACCUGAUGAAAUAUCGAAGGCUGUGUCACAUUAUACCUUAGACAAAGUACAACCUAGAGUUAUAUCAUUUGAAGAACAAGUUGCUAGCAUCCGUCAGCACUUAGCUAAUAUUUAUGAAAGAAAUCAGGACUGGCGAGAAGCUGCUAAUGUUCUUGUUGGAAUUCCACUGGAAACUGGUCAAAAGCAAUAUACAGUAGAUUAUAAGCUUGAAACUUACUUAAAAAUAGCAAGACUGUACUUGGAAGAUGACGAUCCAAUUCAGGCAGAAGCAUUUAUCAAUCGCGCAUCAUUAUUGCAAGCAGAAACUAAAAAUGAACAGUUACAGAUUUACUACAAAGUUUGUUACGCUCGAGUAUUGGAUUAUCGUAGAAAAUUUAUCGAAGCCGCGCAAAGAUACAACGAACUGUCGUACAGAUCAAUUAUUCAUGAAGACGAACGUAUGACAGCACUCCGUAAUGCUCUUAUCUGUACGAUCCUCGCCUCAGCAGGUCAACAACGAAGUCGUAUGCUGGCAACUCUUUUCAAAGAUGAACGGUGCCAGCAACUUCCGGCUUAUGCGAUCCUCGAAAAAAUGUACCUAGAUCGCAUUAUUCGUCGUACAGAGCUCCAGGAUUUCGAGGCUCUCCUGCAGCCUCAUCAGAAAGCAUUCACCCACGAUGGACUUGGAUCGACGAUUCUUGAUCGCGCUGUUAUUGAACACAAUCUACUGUCAGCUAGUAAACUCUACAACAAUAUUACUUUUGAAGAACUGGGAGCUCUUUUGGAAAUUCCACCGUCUAAUGCUGAGAAAAUUGCCAGCCAGAUGAUCACUGAAGGCCGCAUGAAUGGAUACAUCGAUCAAAUUGAUUCGAUUGUUCAUUUUGAAACACGCGAAAUUUUACCAACGUGGGACAAACAAAUUCAGUCUCUCUGCUAUCAAGUGAACCAAAUAAUCGAAAAAAUAGCCCAAACACAACCAGACUGGAUCGCUAAAGCCACGGAAGAUCAAUUAGUACACUAACCAAUGCUAAUUAUCAUAAAUUAAGUUUAAUAAUAAUAAUAAUAUUAAUAAGUUUUUAAAUCGAUGCUGAGUUUUGAUUGUAAAAAAAAAAGUUUAUUAGCGAUUCAAUAAAACUGCUUGCCAAAGUUCCAUUCUGCAGUAAAUAACAAAAUAAAACAGCAACUAAAAGUUUAUACACUCAUGUAAGAGAUAUCAGUUACAUAUUUUAUGUUUAUAGAAUAAUGUAAAUAAAUCAAUACUUGAUACUUAA